GACGGUGACGGUGGACUGUGUGGACGGACAGUGUGGACAGUGGACAGAGUCGUCAGUGGUGAGGACUGAGGAGAGACUCAGUCAGGAGUGUGAGGGACUCGGUCUGAGCGAGUGAGUGAUGAGCCCCAUUGGUUACUUUUAUCAACUGACUGUAGCAUUGAAGCGGUGAUCAGUUUAUUCAGACGUAAUUCGACCCAGCUUCAUAACCGUGGCUAUAUGUGAGUUCUGUAGGGACGUGUUAAAAACGGAGCGAUCCGCACCAUGGGCUCACUGAGGAAGAUGUUCAAGACCCGCCUGCCGGCGCUGGCGACUCUGUGGUCGGCCAGCGGCGGACCUGGCAGUGCUGAAGAGGACGACGACCCUGGUGAUGCCGCCGAGCUGCAUUCUGUGACCACACACUCUCCGACCAGUGAGGGAGCCGAGCCGACCUACGGCAGGGCCGGCAAGCAGCCGGACAUGACGUACGAGCUGAUGCGAGAGUGUCCAGAGAUCAUUGAGGAGGUUGUAGAGAGGCGCUACAACACGGGCACCAUAGUUCGUCCGCAUCUUCGACACGGUCUUCGGCGUCUCUCUGUGCAGGAUGUGUUUGAAGAAGGCAGCCUAGACGCAAGACACGCUGACGCUGAGUCUACAGAACUCGGUGGAGGAGUAGACACAGCAGGAGCGGGUAGUGAUGAGGGCCGCGAUCGCACCGGAGAGUCGACCAGCGACAGCGGCCUGUCCUCCGGAAAGGGCAGUGACGCCGGCGACACGUACGCCGUCCCCAAGAGCGAGACCUACGAGGUCCCCCGCGCCGCCGUGACCCAGCCUCCGGCAGAGGACCCCGGUAGUGGCUCCGAGGGCCGGCCGAACGGAGCAGAGACCGAGAACUGGUCCUGCGAUAGUGUUGGUGAGCCAUCCUCAGACAGUGACGGCGCAAACGGUGGAGCGGAGCUCGAUGGGUGCUACGUGGAGUGCCUCCGGGACCCGCCCGAUGAAAACGUCUAUUUAGAGCCCAAGACGGUGGAGGAGAUUGAACGAGACAGGCAGAAUAUGUUGAAUGGAGGGACAUCGCAGGUGGCUGAGGGCAACUCAUCCUAUUCAGGGGGUGUAGGACAGUCAUUCUUUCUGCAUCAGCCCGAGACGUCUGGAGGGGAGACCUAUUCUGGUAGACUCAGCGCAUUGCCGCACAAGGCACGCAGUCUUCAAAACCUCCAACAAUGUUUCAUCCAGGUCCAUAACACCGAAGCACUAGCAGUCCCCAGCACAGACCGCAAAACGCACACAAGAUCGAAACCGAAUAAGAAACGAGACCGCUCUUCGAAGAGCCCUGUCGCAGCAAUAAACCAAUCAAUCAACGAUAAUUUCGUACUAAGGCCGUCGAAGCAGUUCGAGACAUAUGGCCACGGUGUGCGCUCUUCACUAUCGUUCCGUUCCUCGUUAUACAGUACGACAGCUACGUGGGACGCCGACAGACAGCCCUGGGACGGUUACAGCGAGCUGACCUGUCCGCCGCCAGCGCCGGAGGACCGCGCUGAGGAGGAGCCCCUGCCCAGCUCGCGCGGCAGUACCCUGGAGCGGGGCUACGAGCGGCUGCCGCUGCGCCGCCACAGCACCGAGCUGCAGCCGUCAGAGCCGCUGUACGCCAACAGCGGAGAGCUGCAGCAGCUUCUGGUCCAGCAGCUACGUGAGCAGACACAGCCCGCCGAGCCGGCCGACCAGCCGGACGGGCCCGCCCCGGGGAUGGCGCACAUCGCACCGCGGGGAAAGAGACGGCGACGGGGGCGGAUCACAGCGCCUGUGGACGCCGCCCAGGCUCUGGAAACGCACCCCGAGCACACAGAGACGCCCUCAUCACCGGCUGAGGCUCUUCUUGCGCUCAGAACCAAGGACUCCAAGUUCGCGUGUGUUCGCAUCAAGCCGGCCACCAGAGGUCGAGGCACGAUGCGCAAAUCGAGUUCUAUGAACGACAUCGGCCCGGUGCUGUUUACUCCGCCGCCGUCGACGCCGGCGCAUCCUGCAGUCCACACUCGUCUGCCGUCAGCAGCUGAGAGCAGCGACCAGCAGCCUCUGGAGGAGGCACCCGCUGCUCCGGCCUCCCCUGUGUCAGCGGCGCCCCUGUGGCUGACCCUGGGCGCCCUCUGGGUGACCGUCUGCGGCUGGGCGGGCGCCGCCGGCCGCGCGCUGGGCAGGGCGACGGCGCCCCUCUCCGGCUGGCUGGGUGUCAAGUACAUGAGUCUGCACCGGAACCACCCGUGGCUGCCAGACCUGGUGGACCAGCCGGACCUCGACUACUGGAUACAGCGCACUAAACAGGGCAGUAACGGAUUCGAAGAGCUCCGGAAAUACAUCAAACAUGGUGGCGACUUUUGCAAGGAGCUUGCAUCCAUCUUGCAAGAAAGGUCUGACCUGGAGGUCACCUACGCCCGCGGCCUGCAAAAGCUGGCGGCCAAGCUGCUCAAGGCCUCCAGAGACGGCUUGGGCAGCGUGAACCAGGCCUGGCAGCGAGUCGGAACGGAGAUGGAACACCAGGCAGACAUCCACAAAACGCUGGCGGUCACCUACACCGAGGAGCUGGUGAAGCCUCUGCGCGGGCUGCUGGAAUCUCAGCACAAGGCGCGCAGGACCGUGGAGACAAACGUCGAUAAGACGGCCAAAAACCUGGCCGAGUGGCGCUCUGCAGAGGCCAAGGCCAAGAAGCUCUCCUACCAGUGUGCCAGGGAGAACGAACGAGCCGAGGAGCAGGCGCUGGAGGCGAGACUGGCGCACGACAGCGCCAGAAAGGACGCGGGGAAGGUCGAGAGUCGGAGACAGAAAACCGAGAACGCCCUGGCCAAGGCGGACACCGAAUACUACAACUUCUGCUUACGAAGUGAAAGAGCGCGACUGGAGUGGGAGACGGCCCUGAACAAGGGCAGUCAGUGUUUCCAGCGUCUGGAAGAGGAGCGACUAACUCGACUCCGUGCGGCGCUACAGGCCUACCACCAGAGCCUGGCCGAGCUGGCACCGAAAAUAGCGCAGAGCGCCAGCCGUCUCUCGGAGCCCGUCUCGGGGGCGGACGUGUCCCAGGACGUGCAGACGGUGCUCCAGGUGAAGCGGCCCGACCAGCCGGCCGAGCAGCUCCUGCCCGACUUCUACGCCGAGGAUAUGACCAACGCCAUGAACAGGGACAGGAGGAAAAAGGCUCUGGAGCAGUUUGCGCGCCUUCUGGAGCAGGAUGUCGGCCGGGAGAGGAGGGGGAAAAGCGGCGUGGAGAACCUAGCCAAGGCCAUGAAAGAGUCGCCCCAGUUCAGCACCGAGAGCUCUCAGAAGGACGUCAAGGAGAAGCUGCAACACCUGCGCUCCACGCUAGCGUACCUGGAGGCCAGUCGGUUCAAGGUACAGGCGGCGCUGGCGGAGACGGAGGGCCAGCCCCGACCUCAGCACCCGCUCAGCCGGCAUAUUCAGCAGCUCAAAGACCGGCAGGGCAUGGUCCAGAGCGUGCUACGGGUACCGAACUGGGUGAACCUGGAGCCCAGCGACUCCUCUCCAGACCACUCUCCCGCGUGGAGCGCCGAUCGUGACCGGGGCACGGCCGACGGGACCUCCCAGAGGCCGCCAUCAGACUCGGAUGAGCUGAACACAGAAGACAGUCCACCUGAAUCCACAUCUGUCUCGGCUGUGACGUCACCGCCAACAGCUGAGCCGACCUGUGACCCGGUCAAAGACCCGCCCGAGGGGGCGCCAUGCCGCGACCGGUAUCAGGCCAUUUACGACUACAAGGCCAACAUGAACGAUGAGCUCACCAUCCGAGCAGGUGACGUCAUUGAGGUCCAUGACCGUCAGCCGGAUGGAUGGUGGCUGGGAGAGCUGCGAGGCACCAUCGGCAUCUUCCCGGCCACCUACGUCCGACAACUCAUCUGAUCGAACAAAAAACUCAGCUGAACGCCGGCUGUCUAAUCGACUGCCAACUCAUCUGAAUGACCGGCAACUCAGCUGACUGAACGACAGCUCAUCUUAUCGAACGAUAGCUCAUAUGACUGACAACUGACAGGUCGGUUAGGCAGAUGAUCAGACAGAUGGUCGGAUCGACAACUUUCUGAUUUGAUCGACCGUUGAUCUGUUGGGAACGGGGACUUAGCUUACCGUACCGACAGCUCGAUAGAUUGGACUUGCAACUCAGCCGAUCAAGUCUAACUAGUCUAGUUGGACGUCCUCUGACCGAACUGGCAUCUCAUCUGACUGGACCACAACUCAUUGGCCGGAUAUACAGCUUGUCUGACCGGACCAAUAGCUCAGACAGGUUAUGAGUCAAAUGUUUGAUUUAAUUGCGCGAGCAGUGCCGUUUCUUGAAGUGACAGAACUUAUCAGUGCGCCAACUGACUAAAUAGAGAAAUGGUUUCUGCUUUUGGUGUGGAAGUGUGAUCUGCUCUGGUUCUACUAGCUUAGAAUAUUGGCUGAUCAGACUAAAAUGAUCUUAUUGACAGUCGUUUAGGCGUGCAGAUCAGAGACCUCAAAAGGGAACUGAACAAAAUAUCGUAAUGACUGGAUGUUUUGUAGACGAUACUUUUUCGUGAGCCCUCGUGUCUUGCUGUUAACGUGCCACUUUGUUGUGCUUUUGUAGCCUUUCUGCAUGCCUAUUAUAUCAAAGUAAAAUGCAAUAUGCAUAUGUUCUUUUGUAUAAAUGUUGUACUUGCAGCAUUGCAGUGAUAAGACAGGGACCAAGUGGAAUUGAUUGGCGAAGCGCUUCGCAAUGCAGUAAGGCGACAACGCUGAGCCUCAAUGAAUAACAUACUAAGUUGUGUAUGAAUAAUGUCAGACUAUACAUGGAUAAUGCCUCAAGUCUCAAUAAAUGGUUCAAUCUAUGACAUGCAUAUUGCAUAAGUAUAACGUGAAAUGAGGUAAGCUCGUCAAAUUGCGAUUGAAAAGAUUAGAAGUGCGUUGCGCUUAUGGGAGCUGUCGUGUAAUCUUAUUCAUAAAUAAUGUCAACGUUUGAUCCACGCAAUAUGAGUUAAUUGCUUAGUUUCCCUAAAAAUUUGCUUUUUUGAUUAUGUGAUGUAUAUUAACAUCGAAUAACAUCUUAUGAAUGCGGUGUUCUAAUGUCAGGUUUUGUAAAUAGCAAAUAUAGCUACACUACAAAUACGAAACUGUGUUG